AUUGUAGUUGGGUGGUCUUGGAUCAGUGGUGUGGUCCCACCCAUAUGGUGAGGAGCGAGCGAGACACAAAUAAAUAAAUGAAAAGAAGAGACAAAAGAAACAGUAUGAUGGAUGCACAGUUGUGAAGUACUGAAUCUUUGUUUUUAGUUAAGACAUUAACAGAAGAUUAUCUGUGCACUUGUCUCUUCUUUUUCUCCUGCUACUGCCGUGGUGUGUGAGAGAGAGAAUUUCCAGUACUAUAGUGCUUCUCUCUACCGUCCUUUUUUGGUGCCACUUAUUUUCCAUAACUGCUUCUGGACUGUGGAUUGAUUUAUUGAUGGGACAAGAGUUGGAUCCCAAUGACAAGUCUUCUGUGAGUUUCAGUUCUAAUACUGUUCUUUUUCCAUCUCAUCAAUGUUGUGUGAAUGUGAAGAAUAAGAAGGCACACAGAAAUGUGAAAUGCAAAGAGGACUUUGCUGAGAUUUCUUCAUGCAAGAGUCUUCCAUGUAGAUCUCAUAUACUUGAAGGGACUAUAGUAAAGAGAAGAGGUUCCAUUUAUCAGAGUUCAGAUCAUCAGGUGAUAAAUAUGAAGAAAAUGGCUGCCACAAUAGGGGAAAGAAAAAAAAUUGAAAUUUCAAGUAGGACUAAUAGUGAUGCCUCUUUCUCUAGUAGCAUUUUUUAUUCUUUAUGUGGUUCAGAUGAUGAAGAUUCCAAUGAGAAUGAAAGACCUUCAUUAAUAUCUCAGGAUACAGAAUUGUGUUCUCAAUCUCCAUCUGUUUCUGGUUCAUGGCCUUGUAUGGAUUACAACACAUUAAAUGGUUUUAUUGAAUUGUGCAUAAAUUCAGAUUUUUGUGAUAAAAGAAUUAGUUUAGUAGAAGGGGUAGGUUCUGUAAAUUCAAAGACUAGAAGUGAAUCUCACCUACCAUCUCCAUCUGAAAGUGAUUGUUCAUCAAGAGUGAGUUCAAAAGUCUCAUUCACUCCUAACAGAAAAAAGGUAAAUCCAUUCACUAUGUCAAAUUCUUUGACAAGUCCAGUGAGCUAUGUGCUGGAAGUGGAAACUACUUCUGAUGUCAAAUUAGUUUGUCCAAAAAAAGUUGUUGCAAGAAACAUGGCUUGUCAAAAAUCUUUGUUGAAUGAUUUCUCCAACACAACAAAACAUGCUCAAAAUGUUUCUGAAUUUGGCAAUAGAGAUAUCUAUUGUUCUGGUCUAGCAUCCUCACCAGUUCAUCUGCAUGGUAAUCUCAAGUUGGAAAACAGACAAGGACUUCCUUAUUUUGAGUUUAAGGUAAAGUGUCCUGAAGAUGUCUUUGUGGCAAAGACAUGGAGAGUAGGUAAUGAUUUCAAUUGGGUAUAUACCUUUCACUCCUUUGAUAAUCAACGUUGUGACAAAGGUUCAUCAUCAAUGGUAGCACAGAUGCUAGUUUCCUAUAAUUUAUGUUCUGAAUUAGAAGAUGGAGUAUUUGGAAACUUUAUGGGAGCAGAAUUUGUGUUGUAUGAUUUUACUCAUUCAAGAAAAAGUGUUCCACCAAAAAUAAAGUCUUACAGAAAGCAAGAUGCUUCUAAAACACUAAAUGGUUCUAGCCUUGAAAGUGCUGCUAUUGUUUUGAGAGUUCCAUUUCAUAAGAGAGAAAGCUUGAAACACAAAAAAGGGGAUAGAAUAAGUGCUAAAACAUAUUCCAAACCAAGUGUUAUCUCUUCAGCAGUACAGAAGAAUAGAAAAAACAUUCAUGAAAGUAAAGUUCAGGAACAGGUGAAGGUGGUGCUACCAAUUGGAAACCAUGGUUUGCCAAGUGGUGAAAGCCGUGGUCCUUCGUCGUUACUUGAUCGAUGGAAACAUGGUGGAGGUUGUGACUGUGGUGGCUGGGACAUGGCCUGCCCCCUUAUUCUUUUAGGCAAUCCUUGUAUUCGAUUCGAUGAAGGUCGUCCUCUUGCAGAUAAAUAUCAACCAUUGGAACUUUUCUCUCAGGGAACCAAAGAAAAUAUUCCUACCUUUGGCAUGACAUUAGUUGAAGAGGGACAAUAUGCAGUUGAUUUUCAUGCAAAAUUAUCCCCAUUACAAGCCUUCUCCAUUUCUGUUGCCAUUUUGCAUGGCACCUCUGCCUUCAGCCCCACGACCCGACAGGCGAAAAACCAACAGUUAUCUCAAUGCAAUUCACCAAAUACUCUAAUUGAAGAGGAAGUUGAACUUUUUAUCAAAUCAGUCACAACAGAAGAGAAGAAGGCAGUGUCGAAUAUUCCGAAGGGACUUCCUCGGUCAUGUAUACCAAAGCCGCCUUUUUCUCCUAUUGCACGAGUAUGAACUGUAGUUUACACCAGCCUGAUUCGAGACUGAGCUGCCGCAACUCGAGCGAAAAAUGUUGAUUGUUUCUCAUCUUUUUGCCAACUAUGAGUCCAUAAUGUAUGCCAUUGGUUGUUGGUACACACAAGUGAAUAUAGUAUAUUGCUAGACAGAAUGCCCAGCAGCAGCACUCAUGGAGAAAAUGUGGAGUGUUUACUGGUGAUGCCAGGAUCAAACUAAUUUGUCCAUAUUGUAAUGGGUUAAUUAGAGGGAAAGGAAAAAGAAUCAAUGAUAGAAAAAUGAUAAAUAUAUUUUUCUAGAUUAGCAUCCCUUUCUGUAAUUUAAAUAUUCAGAAAUAAUAAAUCAUAGCCAAUCAUAUUGGAAUUCAUAA